GAAGCAGCUGAAGACUUCAACAGUGUUGGAUUGUGAAGCUGUCGAAACAUUGGCGCCGUCUGUGGGAAACUUGAACAAAAAAGCUGUGUGACUUAGCCUGCUGAAAGGCAAAAUGGUCCGUACCUUUACAGGAGAACGCCCUCCAAGAAACGAAAUAGACGAACAGGAAGACGAUCACGUAUCUGAGGCCGGCUUGAAUGACUUCAGGCCGAUGCCAAGGAAUCUUUUUGUAGGAGGAGCCGAACAGGAUCACCUAAGUGAGACGGAUGAUGAAAGAACACCAACUGGGUAUGCAACCCAGCCCGAACAGUUCCAAGCUCCAACAGGAACGAGACAAAGAUCUGCCAGACCGAACAAUUCACAACGAGAACGACCUGAAAGGUCAACAGAACCUGCUCGGACAACCGAGCUCGAAGAGAGAACCAGGGUUCUCGAAAUGGCAAUGGGAAGAAUCCUUGCCCGCUUAAUCCCUGAUGACCCCCUGAUUCCUCUGCUGAACAGGGAUACACAACCAGCUGCGGUUAUAGCGACUAGAAACUCACUCGCUCUAAGCAAUAUAGUGGUGCCGACCAAGCCGAGGGGAAGUGGGAAGUUGAAUGUCGAGCCCAGCUCGUCCAAAUAUAGUGAAGAAUUGAUGAGAAAGAACGCAGACCUUGAAAGGCAACUGCGGGAUGUACAGAAAUCCAUUGACGAGCUGAAAAGCCCUCGGUCGCAUCAGCAGACCUUCGAUUUGGAUAGUGCUCCGCUGAACCUAUCCAUCACGGCAGAACCAUAUCAAGAGGGAUUCAAAAUUCCCCACUUAGAGACAUAUGAUGGCACGAAAGACCCAGACGAGCACCUGCACACCUAUCAAGCCAUCAUGAGGAUUCAAAACGCCAAUGAUGCUAUGAUGUGCAAAGUAUUCCCGGCGACACUGAAAUCAACAGCCCGAAGAUGGUAUCACAAACUCCCUAGGCAUUCAAUAGAUUCAUUUUCCCAGCUCGCCAAGUUGUUCUCUAACAAAUUUGCAAGCCAAAGGGAGAUCAAGCGCACAGCAACUGAGCUGAUGCAAGUCAGCCAGAAGGAAGGGGAGUCUCUGAGAGAUUACAUGCAGCGGUUCAACAAAGCCACAUUGGACAUUGAUAAUGUCCCAGACACAAUCUGCCUGUCCGCCCUGUUGCAUGGAUUGAAGCGUGGUCGAUUUCUAGACGACCUGCUUGAAAACCCCCCGAAGACGUGGAAUGAGGUGAAUGACAGGUCAGCCAGCUUCAUACUGUCAGAGGAUUUUCAGUCGUCCAAGCGACGAGCUGAUGAUAAGCCGAGCAGAGGCCAAGAACAACAACCGAGAAGAGAAGAAAAGAAGAAACAGAAGGUCGGUGAGCAAUGGGGGAAAUCAGCUGAGUUCCCGAAAUAUGCCAGUUACAUUCCUUUGACCUUACCCAGGUCUCAAAUCCUGGCACAAAUUCAGCACUGGGUUCGGAGACCCCCACCCCCACUACAUGAUUCCCCGAGGGCAGAUAAAAGCAAGCAUUGUGACUACCACCGUGUAUAUGGUCACAAUACCGAAGACUGCCAACACUUAAAGGACGAGUUAGAGUUUUUGGCUCGUAACGGGAAGCUAGAAGGGUAUGUCCAAAAGCCUCACACCCAGCAACCCACUCAAACCCAUUUUGUGCAGGUGUAUGACCGACCUCAAGGACAGAGGUACCAGCAGGGGGGGAUGCAGGAUGCAUAUCGGGAUAACCAGUAUCCUUCUGAACAGAUCAGAGCGUACCGAGGACGUCCUUUCAACAGGAGAGGGCAGGGACCAAGAACUGCUGCCCCGAAUCAAAAAGACAGAAAAGGGGUAGGUUAUGCUGGCAUACCCCCACCUUCUGGUACAAUAAACAUGAUAUCGGGUGGUGUCCACUCGGGGGGCCAAAGCGCCCGAGCUCGCAAGGCAUAUGCUCGACAGGUGAUAACCGUCAACAAAAACAGACCAUUGAAACGACCGUUUGAGGAAGCAAAAUGGGAAAAUACGCCCAUUACAUUCAGCCCGGCAGAUUACAAGCGAGCAGAAGGAGAGCCCGACAUUAUGAUGCCCCAUGCAGAUCCCUUUGUGGCAACAGUUCAUAUAGGCAAUCAUAAUGUCAAUAAGGUGUUUAUUGACACGGGCAGUUCACCAGAUAUCCUAUAUUGGGGUUGCUUCCAAAAGAUGCAGCUAAAUCCGAGCUCGCUUCAGAAGCAUGAAGGACCAAUAUACGGGUUUGAUAACCAGCCCGUCCCAGUUGAAGGAGUCAUUACCCUUCCUAUAUAUGUGGGCUCAGAACCACGCUUCAGGAUGGCUUCUGUCACCUUCCUGGUCGUUAAGAUGGAAUCAGCUUUCAAUGCUAUACUGGGAAGAGCCACACUAUGCGAGCUGAAGGCUGUUAUCUCGCAGCCCCACCUCUGUAUGAAGUUCCCAACUCCUCAGGGGGUUGGAGUCCUGAAAGGAAAUCAGAAGAUGGCUAGAGCUUGCUAUCAAGACACGUUCAGGAAAGUCGAGCUCGCUGCAACCCCAACGAGUGUGGAAGGUCGAAAGCCAACCCAGCUCGGUCAGCAGACAAUGAGCAUAUCAGACAUUGAGCAUCGACCUGAGAGCGUCGAGCAGAAGGCAGAGCCAGUAGAGCCAGUGGAAACCGUUCCUUUAAACCCUGAGGUGCCGGAAAGAACAGUAAAGAUAGGCACCAAACUCACAGAAGAAGAACGAGCAGAGCUUCUGGAAUUUUUGAGGGUCAAUCAAGAUGUAUUCGCAUGGACUACUGAUGAAAUGCCGGGCAUCUCGGCGGAGUUAACAGUCCACAAACUCAGCACAGAUCCUACCAGAAGGCCAGUGGUGCAAAAACGUCGUCUUUUUGGCCCAGAGAAACAAGCCGCCGUAGACGAGGAGAUACAAAAGCUGUUACAGGCAGGCUUCAUUAGAAGAGUGGAGUACUCUGAGUGGGUGUCCAACCCUGUGCUCGUCAAAAAGCCAAAUGGCAAAUGGAGGAUGUGUAUUGACUUCACCAACCUUAAUGAUGCGUAAUAUGAGGCCCUCAUAUAUGGAUUAAAGCUGGCGGCCGAGCUGAAGGUACAAAGCAUUCAGGUCUUCAGCGACUCGCAGCUCGUCGUCCACCAGGUGAAUGGCAGUUGCGACAUCAGGGACCCCCAGCUCGGUCGUUAUGCCUCUGUGGUCAACAGAUUAAAGUCAAGGUUCGCUUCAUUUCAGAUCGACAAAAUACCGCGGGCAGAUAACCACCGAGCUGAUGAGCUGUCAAAGUUGGCCUCCUCGCAGGAUGCUAACCCUCAGAGAUCGACAAUUGUCGAGAUACUCGACGCCCCGAGCUAUACCGAUUCCACAGUCGAAUACCAGACCACCGCGAAGUUGGUUAAACGCAGGGCGGCACAUUUCACUUUGUUAGAUGACCAGCUCUACAAGCGAGCAGCCUCAAUGCCCCUAUUGCGCUGCCUUACUCCUUACGAAGCUGAAUAUGCCGUGAGAGAAGUCCACGAGGGAGUUUGUGGCACGCACAUUGGUGGCAGAACUUUAGCCCGGAAGCUCCUAAGGCAUGGUUAUUACUGGCCCACUAUGGUCGAAGACGCACAGAACUAUGUUAAAAAGUGCCCGACCUGCCAGUUCAAUGCUGAUGAUAUUCACAUGCCAGGGGAAAUGCUAUCAUCUCUUACGUCUCCCUGGCCUUUCGCUCAAUGGGGUAUCGACCUGCUCGGUCCUUUUGUCAAAGGCAAAGGAGGCUGCACUUUCCUAGUCGUUGCAGUGGAUUACUUCACUAAAUGGAUAGAAGCUAAACCAUUGUCCACGACAACAGAAAGGAAAAUAGAAGAAUUCUUGUUCAAUUCCAUAUUGUGCAGGUUCGGCAUACCUAAGCGAAUUAUAGCCGACAAUGGGCCACAAUUCCGGGCAGCAGCACUGAGAUCGUUCUGUAAUGAUUAUGGCAUCGAACUCGCCUUGACGUCUGUGUAUACUCCACAGUCCAACGGGCAAGCCGAGUCCGCCAAUAAAAUCGUUUUGCGAGGCCUCAAGACACGCGUUUUGGCUGCGAAUUCUAACUGGGUUGACGAGCUCAACAAAGUGCUUUGGUCUUGUCGUACCACACCCAGCUCGGCCACGGGGGAAACCCCUUUCAGCCUAGCCCAUGGAGCUGAAGCCGUCAUCCCAGUGGAGGUUGGAUUGUCGUCCGAUAGAUCAGAUCGCCAUGACGACCAGAAUAAUGAACAACUCUUAAGAGAGAACCUAGACUUUGUGCAAGAAAUCAGGGAGAUGUCCCGAAUAAGAAAUAUGGCGCAUCAAAGCCGCGUUGCAAAGUUUUACAAUAAACGAGUUCGAGCUCGUCAAUUUCAGGUUGGCGAUCUGGUUCUACGCAAGGCUGGAUUAACCAACAGUUAUUCACACAUGGGCAAGCUCGCUCCUAAUUGGGAGGGCCCGUAUAUGGUUAUUCGAGUUAAGCGGCCUGGCUCUUACAUGUUAGCAGAUACACAAGGGCGUCAGUUACCUUACCUUUGGAACAUACAGAAUCUUAGAAAGUUUUACAGUUAAGGUGUGUAAUCUUAUUUCGCUUAAGGUGUUACUCAACAGCUGUAAACAAAGAUGUACAGAAAUU